UUUAGCCUAGCGGGCAGAGGUUCUCCGCAACUUACCGCUGGAGCCAGAGUACUAUCUUUCUAGAUAUUUGUAUCCUCAUAGUUGUAGAAGCUGCGUAUUCUGUAACCUUACUUAAUAACGUUUACUCCGGAGUUAUUUAAUGCUGGGUGAAUCAAAUUGAGAAUCAUGUUUGGUAAACUGGCAUUGAACAUUUUUCAAGCGUUACCAAAAAUCACUUGUAAUUUACCAGCGAGGAACCUGUGUAUGUCAUCUAAUACCCCUAAUGCUCUUUUACCCGCUCAGACACCUGGUGGAUUAUGGAGCUUGACCUUUUUUAGAACACGAAUGAGAUAUCAUUUUCCAAGACCUAACGAAGUUAGGAGAAUCAAACGACAUGGCUGGCAGGCCAGGAUGUCAACACCAUCAGGAAGAAAAAUUUUAAUGCGAAGAAUACUGAAAGGGAAAUUUGUACUCAGUCACUGAGAUUGUAAAAGUUUUCAAUAAAAUAUACGUUUUAGUGUAAAAUGUAA